UACUUCAUUUACUUCAGAUCUAUCUCUCCAGCUGUUCUAAUAAUGUCCGUAGCCAGGGUCAUCAGAGGCCCGGCUGCCUUGCGUCUAAUUGCUGCUAUCUGUGUGGUGGUGCUAGUUUUUUUCAUAUACUGGAAGCAAGAUGAUGUUGACUUUACGAUGACGAUCGCGGCAAGAAGCACUAUACAUGGACACGGAGAAAGGAAAACCACGACCGAUACUAUACAAUCCUCGAGAAUUGCUAAGUUGAAGGAUUUCUGCAAGUCAAAUAUUGCUAAUAGCAAGGAAUUCCCUCCGCGGAAUCGGUUUGUUGUUAAUGAGAAAUACAAACUCUUGUACUGCCAAGUCUUUAAAACUGGAAGCACGACGACUUUAACUAUAUUACACAACCUGGAACACGGGGAGCGGAGGUCCACUCACGACAUGAGAUCCAAACUGGAUGAACUACCGUUUAAACGUCUUUCCGACUAUACAGAUGAAGAAGCUCGUUUACGUUUAGAGACGUAUGCCAAGCUUCUUAUUGUCCGCAAUCCACUAGAAAGGCUGGCUUCAGCAUGGCAGGACAAGUUCAUAUAUGCGCCAUCAGAAUUUUGGAGAAAAAAGUAUCAGUCUAUGACCGACACAAUAUCAAAAAAUUCUUCAAAUAAACAGGUAACACAAGAAGGUACUGGCCAACGAUAUCCGACAGUUCCAUUUACAGCGUUUAUUAAAGCAGUUGGAACAAACAAGACGGAGUGGCAAGAUCCACACUGGGAUUUGAUUUCGGAUUUAUGUGCUCCUUGUCUAAUUAACUACGACUUUAUUGUCCACACGGACACGAUAGCAGAAGACUACCCUUUGUUUUUUUUAAAGGCUGGAAUCGUCGGUCGAGAAGAUCUCCUGCCAAAAACAAGACAACAAAGGGCCGACACAAUGUUCUGGAACCUCUAUAAGCAGAUACCAAUAGAGGAUCUGUGGCGGAUUAAAGGAAAGUUCCAAGCUGAUUAUGACAUGUUUGGAUUUAGCUUUCAUAAUGACAUCAUCCGCCUGUUAGGAACAGAUUCUUUUUAGACGUGUAUAUGAACAUGUCCUUUUUAUUUUUAAUAUACCGCGAUUUUAAACUAUUAGCUUACAUCCAGAUUGUGUGUUUAUUGUGUAGGUCAUGUUUUCUAAGCGAUUUUUCAUAUACACAUUAUUAUGUGAUAUACUUAUUUUAGUGCAGAGUUUAAGCAUUUAAAACACAAAAAAACAUCGUGAUAAGGGAAAGCAGGUGACAAACGACUUAUAAAUAAAUGUAAAUGAAGAUUAAUGACAUCACCGCGUAUGUAAGGCGAGACUAGCCACACGAUUUCGUUCAUUAACAUACGGUUUUCUAUGUUGAGAAUUUGAACACAGGCACAGGCAGUCAAGUAGUAAUAUGUAAGCAAGAUAGGUCUUACAAGGCGGAUGGUGCAUGCAGGGUGAUGACGUUUUUUAAUUUCUAUAUUAAAAUA